AAUCGAACUCCAAAUUGUUCCAUUUUACUUGCUAAGUUUGCGUUGAUAACAGUGUUAAUCAUGCAGCGCUCUUAUUUUUGCCUUUUCGCUUUGGCCGCAGUGUUUCUGCUGUUUGUGGCGUAUCCGGUCAGUGCCAACCGCGGAGGAAUCAACCCAUGGAACCGCGUGGCGGCGGAGGAGCACAUGCCAAGACAGGCAUGAAGUGCCCUUGUAAAAACUACCAUAAGGAUGUUACAUAACCGGAUUACUCAUGUAGUAAUGUAACCUAUGGUCAUAUAUGUUUUUCCCUAUGGUCAUGUACCUAUGGUCAUGUGUGCGUUUAUUCUAUGGUCAUAGUCCAUGUUUUUGCCUUUCUCAUGCCCUUGUGAGCCAGAUGUACUGACAAUGAGUGAUUGUCUGAUAUUAGGUCGUUUCCCUGGAUGUCCUGUUAUUUCCGGCUUAGGCCGUUAUAUAAGCUCAUGUUUACUUGUUAUUUGUUAGUUCUUAGCUGAGUAUUAUUAAAGUGGCUAAAACCCGAUAUUCAUUACGCCUUACGGAUAGUGUAAGCGUAUCAUUUGGUGCCGAAACCGUGGAGAACACGGGACCUUUAGAUGGUGCCGAAAGCAGUUUGAAUACCGUGACCUUUAGUACGGUGGUUUCGUGGGCGUAGUCUUAUGUCAGUAAAGGGGGAGACUGACCCCCUGGGCAACCUAUUUUCGGACGACGAGGAUAAACCGAUUGUGGACGAAUUGCCGCCUGUGGAGACUACGAUGGCGAAGCUGGACGUAUCAGGUGGACGGCAGGCUCCGGCAUUCUCUGUGAAUGCCCGGGAGUUGGCGGACGUGAUGGGAUCGCUUGCGGUAGCGACGGACGUGCGACCGCCGGUGUUCACCGGGAAAGCCGGUGAGAAUGUUGCGCAGUGGGUUCGUAGGUUCCGGACGGUGGCGCAGGCGUUGGAGUGGGACGAUGCGAAGCAGCUGACGCAAGUCCCCGUGUACUUGACUGGCCAUGCGGGUCAGUGGUACAACACUGUGUCGGAGGACGGGACAAAGCCCUACACGACGUGGAAGGCCUUCAGGGACGCCCUCCUGGCACGCUUCCAGACUGAAGAUUGGAAGUUGCAACUGAAGCUGAAGAUUUCUCAGCGUAAGUUACAGAAGAACGAAUCCGUUGAAGAUUAUUACAAUGACAUGGUUGACCUAUGUUAUGAAUACGAUUUCAAAAUGGAUGACCUGGACGUCCUCCUGAAGCUGCGGAACGGACUUUACCCGGAGAUCGACAAGAUGUUAGUCACCUCCGCAGCCAAGACGCCUCAAGGAUUCUUCGCGGACCUGCAGAAGGCGGCGCAGUCCUUACGGAGGGAGGAGCAAGCCAACCAACGACAGCAGGCGGCGGAUCAGCGUGCCAACAACCAUUUCCGUCGAAGUGGCGGUAAGCCAGAAUUUCAUUCUAAGUUAACCGCUGCUGAUUCCAACCACAGCGACGCAUCGAGACCGGCACGAACCGGAAACGCAUUGACCGCACCACGUAAAAAUAAGUCCUGCUGGAACUGCGGAUCAACGGAACAUUUGCUUCGGGAUUGUCCGAAGCGGGCUAAAGAUGCCAAGGGAGCUGCGCCGAGGGCGGGACUCCGGAUGAUGCGCGGAAGCGCAUUGGACCGUACAGGCAGGGACGACCCGACAUGGGAGGCGGCAGCCACGCUGGCCGCUAUGUCCGGGGCGGAUGCCGGCUGUGCGGCGUAUGGGGCAACGUCGUGUGGGUAUGUGUACCGUAUGCUAGACGGAUACCCGGUUGCGUUGUCAGCAGGUACGUGUCCUGGUUGUAUUGAAUGCACGCCAUUCCGAAGCCGACCUUUGGACACUACUGCGGCGCAUGAGCUGCGCGUGUAUCAGGCCGAGGUGGAGGACGAAGUGCAGUCAACCGACGAGUCCGAUACGAUCAGCAUUUAUGCCGACUCGGUGUGUGAAACGCGUAAUCGGCGUGGAUCAGCUGACAGCACCGCUUCAGUGAAUGGAGAUGCACGGCAUGCAAGCACGCAAACGGACGCCGGCUUACACACGGUCAGUACAGUUAGCGUCGGUGUGCAAGCUAAUAAUUUAUUGCAAGUCAAAGUGGAAGAUGAAGACGAAUUGAUCGGUGUGGGUGUCAAGUUUCAUUGCGAUAAAGAGUUGCGACCGCUUCGCGACGGUGACUUUUUACCGUAUAAGUAUGAGAUCGGCAAGGACUCCUUCGGCUUGUGGGAAAAGAUUCCACGAAAGCGUCCUCUCUACACAAUGAUGCGUACGCCUGGAGAUGGGGGCGAAGGCCGUCACGCUGUGCUCGGAACGCACAUGUGUGUUGAUGUGACCUUGAACGGACAGGCUGCACGUGCCUUGGUGGACACUGGUGCCAACCUCUCCGUUGUAAACCGGGGUUUCCUGGAGAGGAAGCUGGAUGUCAUGCCGGAUCCACUGAUGAUGCCUGUGGAACUGGGUGACGGGAGUACGAUCCGUACAACGGGUAAGAUCGUACUCGAUGUUGCGGUAGCAAACCAGAAGCUGCCGGUGGCUUUUUGUGUUUUUGACAAUGUCAGCAACGAGGGAUACGAGUGCGUACUGGGAUGCAACUUCCUGCGCCAACCCGGAUGGCUGGUGGAUGUGUGCAAUGCGGCGCUCUUGUACGUGGGACAGGAUGGUACCACGGUCACGCAUGGGGGAUGUGGUGACACGGUGGUGACGGAUACCUGCGGCCACACCCGGGAUGCGGUCAUGAUGCCGGCGGCGGCCCUGUGCGCCCGGAUGACCGCGGAUCAGGGAUCCAUGCUGACGACGCCACGAGUGAAUCAGCUUAUGAAGUAUGGCGAUCCGGAUGUACCGGAGGAUGAGCUGGCGAUGUGGGAGUACGAUUGGCCACGCCGUCCCGUUUCGGAUUUUGACAUUGGAGACGCUGAUACGACCGACGGGGCGUUGUCUGGCAAACGGUAUAUCUCCACGUUGGACUUGGUAUCCGGUUACUGGCAGAUGCCAUUAGCGGAGGAGUCGAAGCCGUUGACAGCCUUCCAGUCGCCAAUGGGGUUCUACGAGUACGAGGUACUGUGCUUUGGGCUCAAGAACGCUCCAUCGUACUUCCAGCGUACCAUGACAACAAUCGUGGGGGACCUCAUCGUGCGGGGCGUCGUGGCGGUCUACCUGGAUGAUGUGAUCAUCGCGACGUUUACGUUGGAGGAGCAUGAAGAAGUAUUGGAGGCGCUGUUUUCUCGAUGUCGGGAGAUCGAGUUAAUGUUCAAACCGGAGAAGUGUCACUUUCUAAAAGCGACAGUCAACGUACUGGGAUUUACGGUGACGCGGGAAGGCGUGGUGGCCGACCCUGAAAAGGUACGUGCCAUUACCGAUUUCCCGGUUCCCGCAAAUCUUAAAGCCGUGCGUGCGUUUCUCGGUUUAACCGGUUAUUACCGGCGUUUCAUCAAAGACUAUGCGGCGCUGGCCUGUCCGCUGUACGAGCUGACGAAGAAGGACGUGCCGUUCGUCUGGGAGCAGCUGCAGGAAGGGGCAUUCGAGGCGUUGAAGAACCGUCUCGUCUCGUCGCCGGUGCUUGGACACUUUGACGUAUCGCGACCGGUGGAGAUCCACCCGGACGCCAGUGGAUACGCCAUCGGAGUGGUCAUUCUGCAGCAGGAUGCGGACGGUGUCUUGCGUGUGCUGGCUUAUGGGAGCCGCCGCUUGAACGCCGCGGAGCGGAACUACAGCACCACGGAGCGGGAGUGUUUGGGAAUCGUCUGGACCGCAGAUAAGUUUCGUUACUAUCUGUUAGGUCGGGUUGUGACGGUCAUCACUGACCACCAUAGUUUGUGUUGGUUGGUGAACAUUCAGUCUCCCAGUGGUCGCUUGGUCCGUUGGGCACUUCGACUCCAAGAGUUCGACCUGGUGAUUCGACACAAGAGCGGAGCGAAGCAUGCCGAUGGAGACUGUCUGUCUCGGUACCCACCAGCUACGGAAACCGGUGUGCUGGCAGUGAUGGCGGUACGUGAGGAGACGGGCCCCACCACGCAAGCAAUGUUGGAGGCACAGUCCAAUGACCCUUGGAUUCAGGAGGUGAUGGAGCAGAUGGACUCGGUCAAGAGCGUUCAGAAAGUUUACGCCGUGAAGGACGGGUUGCUCUAUCGCGAGUGGAAGAGUCAAGGUGAAAAACAUUACUGCUAG